AUGCGUACUUCUUUCUUCAACUUACUCGUUUUACUGAAUAAAAUUCCACCAGUAUCCCAAGAAGCGACUCUGCGUAGAGUACAGCCUUCUGUUACAGUUCUCGUUGAUGGGCUAACUUCGCAGAUAGCAUUAUUCCGGAAUACCCUUCAACAUUAUUACGCUUGUCCAUUUCAGAUAAUUUUCAAUCCAUCCAACAGCAUUCGCCAAAACAAGUUUGUGUGGAUAGUUUCGCCAAUAAUAACUAUUACAAUUGCUAGUCUUUUGAUAGCAAUAAUUCUCGCCAUCCGAUUGUUACGUCUUCAAAGCCAACUCAAAGACGACGAGCAAUUUGAAUACUGGAAAUACUCUGGAUCCAAUGCGAUUUCUACUUUCAGUGAUGCGACCGAAUCAGUCGGCAAUGAAAUAGCUAAAGAAAAUGAAAAGGGCGUCCAUAAAUUCGAGGAGGAUGUGUGGGUUCACGAAGAAGAUGGCAAUUGUUUGCGUUCAGUCAUUAGCGAUGGGUAUGCAAACAACGUAACUGGGUUAUUUGAUGAUGCAGUACGUGUUUCCGACAAUAUUUCGCUCGACUGCAUCAAGGUAGAGUUACACGACGAGAUGGAUCCAGUGGCAAACGCCUACGGUGAUUUAUGUAAGAAUGUAGUUGUUCCAAUAGUAAAAGUGAGAAAGACCAAAAGUUUUUCUCAAGAAAAGGUAUACGUUUGGCAUCAAGGAAUGUAA